CGAGGGAGUUGACACGCUCUGAAUCUGAUAAUUAUCCACGAAACGACGUCGUUUUAGAACCUUUUUCCGGUAAAUAAAGACCCUUUCGCAUUCUGAUCCCCAAUCACAAACAACGCAGGGGAGAUUUGUCUGCGACCACAAUGGAAGGAGUAGGAGAGGAACACGAAGAGACAAGUAAAGUAAUGGAGGGCAUGGCUUCAAUAGCCCUUUUGCCCAAUGGCUCUAUUUCGGGGCAUUUUAUUCAUCUUCCCCACUCAGUGUGCUAUGGCCUCCAUGGAACUGAGUUGGGGUGUGAAAGGGAGUGCAGCAGAGGUGAAGAUUAUAGAUUGGUGAAGCUCACUGUAAUUGACUAUGCUAGUAAGAGAGAAAAAGAUGUGAUUGUGGAGUGCAGAGGACAUGAUGCUGCCAAGAUUUGUACCAUUGAUCAUGCUCAUGGAUGGCAGAAGGAUGUUGUGGGAAUGGUUGAAGAGAAGCAUGGGAAACCCAAAGUCUUGGUUUCGUUUGAAUGCGAGACGCUGAAAGCUGAUGAAGUCGCCGAGGAUCAUCUCAGAAAGUUCAUGCCUAAGUUGGUUGGGAUGGGUGCCAUUGUUAACAUUGGCGCGAUGACCAUCACCGGAUUGGAGUUCGAUGCAGAAACUGAGAAAUAAUGAACUGAACACCGGAUUUUGAUGAAUUUGUCUAGUAGAUGACACAACACUAUCCUAUGUUUUCAACAGCUUUUUGAGCUUUUUGCAUAUCCAUCUACAUUUUUGAUAGUUUGUAAAAAUGUUAAAUGCUGAUGUAGUGAUAAUCGUAUGUAC